GGUCAAUCAUUCACCGGUCCUUCGGGUGGAUGAGCAGCUUGGUCAAAAAUGAGUUCACAACUGACCUCACCAAUCACACACCUACUUCCUCAGUGUGUGUAUUAUAAAUGCUCUGCCUCUCAGCCUUGAGAUAUAAGCCAAGGCAGAAGCAGAGAUAACAAGAUCAACAGCAAUGGCCGUGCCAAAAGUCAAGUUGGGAAGCCAGGGUUUUGAAGUAUCUGCACAGGGCUUGGGUUGCAUGGGCAUGUCUGCCUUUUAUGGCCCACCUAAAGCUGAAGAUGAAAUGAUCUCCCUCAUUCACUAUGCCGUUUCCAAAGGCAUUACUUUCCUUGACACCUCUGAUAUUUAUGGUCCUCACACUAAUGAACUUCUCCUUGGAAAGGCCCUAAAAGGAAUAAGAGACAAAGUGCAGCUGGCUACUAAGUUCGGAAUAAGUUUUGCUGGUGGGGUAAGGGGCAUUCGGGGAGAUCCUGCAUAUGUUCGUGCUAGCUGUGAAGGGAGUCUAAAGAGGCUUGAUGUGGAUUGCAUUGAUCUUUAUUACCAACAUCGAAUCGAUACCAGAAUCCCCAUAGAAGUUACUAUUGGUGAAAUGAAGAAACUGGUUGAAGAAGGGAAAGUAAAAUACAUUGGGCUUUCUGAGGCUUCUGCAUCAACAAUUCGAAGGGCGCAUGCUGUUCAUCCUAUUACAGCAGUUCAAAUAGAAUGGUCCUUGUGGACUAGGGAUGUAGAGGAAGAAAUCGUUCCAACUUGCAGGGAGCUUGGUAUUGGAAUUGUGCCAUAUAGCCCUUUAGGCCGAGGUUUCUUCUCUUCUGGAGCAAAGUUGGUUGAAAGCUUAGCAAAUAAUGAUUUUAGAAAGAGUUUGCCCAGGUUUACUGGAGAGAACCUUGAGAAAAACAAGAUUAUAUUUGAGAAGAUUUCAGCAGUUGCUUCAAGUAAAGGGUGCACACCAGGGCAACUUGCACUUGCUUGGGUUCAACACCAAGGAAACGAUGUUGCACCAAUUCCAGGGACAACCAAAAUCAAGAAUUUUGAGGAGAACAUCGGUGCUCUUUCUGUAAAGCUCACACCUGAGGAGAUGAAAGAAUUAGAAGCCAUAGUCUCCUCUGGAGUUGUCCAUGGAGAUCGAUAUGCUGACAUGGAUUUUACAUGGAUGAAGUCAGAAACACCUCCUCUCUCUUCAUGGAAAGGCAUAUAAAUGAUUUUGGUGAUGAUUUUACAUGGAUGAAGUCAGAGACACCUCCUCUAUAAAUGAUUUUGGUAGUGUAUCCUUUUACGACUAGUUAUAUGCAAGCUAAAUAAAUGUUCCACUUUUUAAAAAUAAUAAGGAAAUUUGCUCUCGAGACUGCAGAGUGUUUACUCAAAGGGCAUAGCUUUUUCUAAUGUGCAUUGAUCUUAUAAUACUAUUGAGUGUUGUGUA